AUUGGCUGCCGGGGAACGGAUCCGCAAAGGCUGCUUUAAUUGGUGGAUGACUUCAUCCAAAGGCGGAAGUAAACUCAAAAAGUCACGAUGGGAACGCGCGUGAAGGUUUUGAGCGUAUUCAAAUCGCUGCACAGAACGAGGAUGGCUGUGUUCAAAGAUGACGAGAGAGCGCUGGCAGCUGCAAAAUCCAAGAUCAACGAGGAGUUCCGUAAAAAUAAACACGAAUCGUCGGAAGAAAACAUUGCGAAGAUGAUCCAAAUGGGCUCAGACGUGGAAACGGUCCUACGGCAGGGCGUGGUUCAAAUGGAGCACGUCGGCAGCAAACGACUCCGUUAUGCUUCGACCCAGAGAGGAUCUUCUGCUGGAAAAUGUGCCCUAUUGUGACCAACCCCGGAAAAAGUCGUGACAGGUCCUCUGAUGACAUUAGAGGGAAAGAGACUUGUGAGACUUGCGGUCGUCCCGUCACGCAUAUUUCAUUUCGAUAAAAGUCUGCCAAACAAGAGCACGGCUCCUACGUGUGUGAAGCUGUCUUUGACUGAGGUUUUUGAUGUACUUUAAAGUUGAUAUGGAAGUUUUAUGUGUAUUGUGUAAUUAAAUUGUUAAAUGUU